AUGGCUACUGGGGAGCAGAGAAGGCAAGAGGAGCAGAGGCGGCGGCGGGCUCAGCAGCAGGAGCUGCUCCUGGCAGAAAGCCUGGGCAAGCAUCCACUGCAGAACAGGUGGGCACUGUGGUUCUUCAAGAAUGACAAGAGCAAGAUGUGGCAGGCGAACCUGCGCCUUGUCACCAAGUUCAGCACUGUGGAGGACUUCUGGGCCCUAUACAGUCACAUCCAGCUCGCCAGCAAGCUCACGUCGGGCUGCGACUACUCCCUCUUCAAGGAUGGGAUCGAGCCCAUGUGGGAGGACAACCGUAACAAGCGUGGCGGGCGCUGGCUCAUCACGCUGGCCAAGCAGCAGAGGCACACAGAGCUGGACCGCUUCUGGUUGGAGACGGUGAGUGUGCGCCCUGUUCUGGCCUCUUGUGCUACUCUGUGGGGACAAGGCAGUGGCCUUUCCCUUGUGGCAGCUCUGAGCCUCAGCCCCAUGGGUGGCAGACACUGUCCUGAGCCUCCCUUCUUCUCUGGGCAGCUGCUGUGUCUCAUUGGGGAGAUGUUUGAUGAGUACAGCGACGAGGUGUGCGGGGCCGUCAUCAACAUCCGCGCCAAGGGGGACAAGAUCGCCAUCUGGACCCGGGAGGCAGAGAACCGAGAAGGGGUCACCCACAUUGGGCGUGUCUACAAGGAGCACCUGGGCCUGUCGCACAAGGUGGUUAUUGGAUACCAGGCCCACGCGGACACGGCCACCAAGAGCGGCUCCCUCACCAAGAACAAGUUUGUGGUGUGA